AUGUCUGCCAGCCCAACUCAGAAACGGGAGUCCCCGUCGAGCUCGCCUACUCAAUCUCCUACACAGUUUACCAGCAUGACCGCUGUUCUCGAAAUUGUCGUGCAUAGUGUUAUGGAAGGUGUAAAGGAUGCAAAAAUUAUCGUUCCGAUAGACGCCACAGUCUUUGAACUCAAGAGGACCAUAGCCAUAGCAACUGAUGUGUCCCCAGAACAACAGAUUCUUCUUUACAAAGAUAAGGAGUUGAAGUACGAUCUUUUGACUUUUUAUCACUCCAUUAUACCGUGCGCUUCCGAUACUUGGUGGCUUGUCGAGACAAUACAGCAACACUCGAUCAAAUACGGUAUUGUGAGCGCAUGCACACUGACGAUGAAUGUCAAGAUGCAUACCGGAAUAUUAGUUGACCAGUACCGCUGCCCUGGAAAAUAUGACAUUCCUGCCAUUACUAUUCCCACACAACAAUGUGGACGUCUUCGUAACACUAUACGAGAAAUGACAAAUGUGCAGGAGUAA